AUUAGUCUCUAUAGUCACGUUGAUUUAUUUCAGUUUUUUAUCUUUGUUUUCUAGAAAUCCGCUAAUACAACAGUUGGUGAACAAAAUCUGAUGAUUUUGUGCUUUGCUGAUUUCACCGACUGAUUAGCUACUGGAGGCUUAUUAAAAAUCCCAUUUUCUAAUUAGUGAACUCACCGUAGGAUGUGCUGACAAUAGUUAUGAGGGUGAAAGCUCUUACUGAUGGAGAAAAGACUCUCAGUUAGCAAUUUUCAGAAUCAGUGAAGUGUUUGAAAACGAAGUCAAAGGAAGCACAAAAGCUGCAAGAAGCCUUGAGAAAGGAAGCAUUUCUGCAGAGGCUUGUUGGCUAUUCCCCUAGGCUGCUACUUUUAAGGAAGUGAGACUUCAUCAGAUAAGGAUGAACACAUUGCAGCAAAGUUUAUCUGUUUUUUCCUUUGAUAAUCCCAAUUCUGUCUGCCAUGGAACGUCUAGGACUGCUCUCAGUCAUUUAUAAGUGUUACUGUUACGGUGUACUCUCUAUUGAGGGAGGACAUACUUAAUGCUAUUUGUCUUUGUUUUGAAAUUAUUUGGAAAUCCUAAUUAACUACAGAGCUGUGACACUAUGAAUGUUCUCCCUCACACACAUUCUAAUUUAAUGACCUUUAAUUAAUGAGUGAUUUAAUGGGAUAAAUGAAACAAAAUCUAAUUCUAUUUAGUUGUGUAUAAUUUUUACAGAUAUCUUUGUCCCUUAACAUGCAGGACUUUUUUAAUGAAGAUUUUUUAAAUCUAUAUUAAUAAACAGGUUUCAUUGUUAUAUAUAGUACUUAGAGAGAAAUUGGAAUUGGCUGGUCAAAGGUUUACAAAAUUCAAGAUUUGAAAUUUGACUCAGAACACUGCAUUUUCUUUGUUUUCCCAUUUCCCUAUUUUUUUCCCCCAUCUUCCUUUUUGACUGUUUGGGUUCAUUGUUUCAGUUUCUGACAUUUUGCUUUAUGAUUUAACUUUCAUCCAUCCCCUCUAAAAAGUUUCUCUCAGCUACAUCUUGUGACUUGAGGAGAUGAUGCAAUAUGGUGUUAAAAUCUCUAGAUUUUCAGUAUAUUUUAUAAAGAGUGGCCGUCAUAAUUAUUGUCUUGUUACCAGAGUCAGAGAAAAAAUUACAAGUAGCUAACAACAUUACAAUGGAGUAUAUUUUAAAGAAUUUCUAAAAUAUGUGCCGCAGUUUUACUCAGAAAUACAUUAUCUAUUAUUUUAGCUCCACUUUUAAUCACUUCGGAAUGAACUAGUGAAACUCUAGAAUGUCUUAACAGGCUUUAGGGAUUAAAUGUCAUUUGUAUUGUGGUUCUUUGAGUGAUUUCCUAUUCAGCGCACUCUGUGUUUCUCUGUGAUGCGAGACAAAAAAGACAAAAUCCAUUGCUGGUGUUGUAGAAACCUUUGCUUUUUAUCUCCUCUGUUGUUAAGAAAAGAGCUCAGCGUUUGUAUUUGCUAAGAAAGACUCUUGAAUGAACUCCGAGUCGCGUGAGGCCUCAUGGUAAUUACUUUUCUCCUCCUCUCUUUGUUUUAGCCACUUUCCUCCCUCUUUAUCAUGUUCACCGGAGCGAAGCCAUGACUUUACUCAACGAGUCCGAGGACACCACCUCACCCUCCGCUCCCCUCUCCUCCCUUAGGAACAAUUUCUCAGCCUUUUUCACACCUGACGCCUCUUAUUCCCUUGCAUCCUAUCCCACCUCCUCCUCCUCUUCCUCCCUGCUGACAUCCUCCAACUGCACUGACUCUUCACCAUCUUCCUCACCACCGUACAACUUCUACGCCGUUCUGUUAGUCCUUCUAAUCUUUUGUGUGGUGUUCGGCAAUGUGCUGGUGUGUGUGGCUGUGUCUCGGGAGCGUGCCCUGCAGACCACCACCAACUACCUCAUUGUCUCCCUGGCCGUGUCGGAUCUGCUGCUGGCAACCCUCGUCAUGCCUUGGGGUGUUUACCUGGAGGUGGUUGGGGAGUGGCGCUUCAGUCUAAUCCACUGUGACAUCCUGCUCACUCUGGACGUCAUGAUGUGCACCGCCAGCAUCCUCAACCUGUGCGCCAUCAGCAUUGACAGAUACACAGCAGUAGCCAUGCCGCUGCUCUACAACACCAGAUACAGCUCCAGGAGGAGGGUGGCUGUGAUGAUCGCCGUGGUGUGGUUUCUCUCUUUUGCCAUCUCCUGCCCUUUGUUGUUUGGACUGAACAAUACAGCCAGCCGGGAAGGCACCACAUGCAGCUUUGCAGACCCGGCGUUUGUGGUCUACUCCUCCGUCGCAUCUUUCUACGUGCCAUUUAUCGUAACACUGUUGGUGUACGCCCAGAUCUGCGUGGUGCUGCGUAAACGUGGCAGACGCACUGCCCCACCACGCAAACACGGCCUGCUGACACAAGGUGGUCCUGGAGCAGCAGAGAGUCGACAGCGGAAGAAUAAGUGCACACAACCAGAAGAUGUGAAACUGUGUACCCUGAUCCUUAGGCCUGCCACUGCAGGUCCUCAACGAAAGAAAGUGACCCUCGUGAAGGAGUCUGUGGUUCAUCCCCUCGAAGUGGAGCCGGGUCGGUUCCUACCACAGACGGAGCAGAAUCUACCGCCUCCCAACGCUCCACAGCCUUCCAAUCAUUCACUGCAGUCUAAGAUCUCACUCUCCAUCGCGGUAGGACCGGCCCCGGCGCUUCCCUCAACCGUGGCGCGAUCCGCUCUGACGCCCCGUCCCCCCACCCUGGAGGAUGGCAUGAGGGGCCGAGAGGGGUGGAGGGAGCGCAGCGGAGGCAGAGAGAAAUGGGGCACCACCAAGGAAAGGGUGAGAGGGAGGCUCUCACAGCAGAAGGAGCGGAAGGCAACGCAGAUGCUGGCUAUUGUGCUGGGUGUGUUCAUCAUCUGCUGGCUGCCUUUCUUCCUGACCCAUGUGCUGAAGGCCCACUGCAGGAGCUGCUGCAUCUCACCUUCUCUGUACAGUGCCGUCACCUGGCUUGGAUAUCUCAACAGUGCUGUAAACCCUGUCAUCUACACAACUUUCAACAUUGAAUUUCGCAAAGCCUUCAUCAAGAUCCUGCACUGCUAGCCAAGAUUAAAAAUGCAUCAGUUGYCAAGAUAAAUAAAUWAAGAAGAAAACACGUUGUGGGACUUGGGAAGAGAUUGCAAAGAUAAAAAUAUUCUGUGACAGUUUGAUUCUGAGAGGAACUGAGACUAUAAUCUGUGUGACUUGGAGUCACAGAGAUAAAGAUUCUUUUGGAAGGAUCGAAAGGCCUCAGACAAGACUAAGCCACAGAGAGAAAACAAUGUCUAUGAAGCCAACGACGGCAGGCACCAAAUAUCCUUCAAAAAUAGUUUGUGACAAGUGGAAGACAGCGACGAGAAAAAUAACAAAGGUGGAGAUAUGUACAGUAAAGGAGACAAAUACUGUGCAAUGUGUCUAUUUUCUGUAAAGGGGAAUACGCUCAGACAGGUGAUCAYACUUCAUCAUUCUGACUCAGACUCCACAUUUGUGGCUUUMAGUGCAACAGCACUGUUUCCUGAGUAUUCAAACCUUUGAUUUGUAUUUGACUGGUUCUGCUACAUUCACUUGUGAUCUCAACAAACYUUCUCUCGAUGUGUUUGCAUGCGCURGCAUUUCUCACAUGACGGGAGCAAAUGAAAUGCACAACAAAAGGAAAGGAAAUCCUCCAAAUUUGAUUUUGUCUAAUUUUGUAUUGAUGAACCUAUACUUUCAUUUAAUAAAUAUGUGCUGUCAGUAACUGUUUUUAAUUCCAACCCUACUUCACUGCAUAAAUUGUGCCAUCUAUAAAUUCAAUUGAUUUUGUGUUGAACAUUGUGUAAAUAAAUAUUAUCAAUCAUU